UCAUGCGGUCAAUUAGACCUUUCGACUUAGGACUUACUUUUGUUCUGUUGAAGCUGAAUUCGAGCCAAUAGGAAACAGCAAAAGUUGAUCGACUUCAAAAUCAAAUGUAAUCACACACUUGUCUGUGGAGAGCGCUCAUUAGAGUACAAAAAUUGCACUUGAGGACACCGUGGAUAUAAUCAUCGUUACAGAAAGGAUUAAUCAUUUUGUUAUUCUAAGCUUGGGGUUGAUCUCCAGUGCCUUCAGGCAUUGUUCUAAGCUUGGGCAGGCAUGCAGGGUCCUUAGCGCCACGGAAUGUUUUGGACUGAAACGUCUUAUUGUCAACACAAUUUUCGGACUUAACUGCUGUGCGGAAUUUCUUUGGAGUUCGUCAAAAUGGAUAUUACCGUCUCCGAACUGAUGUCGAACUUCAUGGAAUCACCGCUUGUGAUCUGGGUGAAGACGUUUGGCCCACUGGGCUCUGGUGCAGAUGACAAGCUCUCCAUGUUCAUGGACCUAGUGGAUGGAGUCCUCCUUCAUAAGAUAAUGACACACAUAGACCCAAGUCCCAGCAACCAGCGAGUAAACAAACAAGUCAACAACGAUGUCAACCUGAGAAUCCAAAACCUUAACACUGUUAUCAGACACAUCAAAAGUUAUUACCAGGAGAGUCUCCAACAGCUCAUCCUCAUGAACUUGCCCAAUGUAUUGACCAUUGCCAAAGACCCUCUUUCAGGUAAAAGUAUGGAGGAAGUGAAGAGACUCCUGCUGCUGAUCCUUGGUUGUGCUGUUCAGUGUGAGCGCAAAGAGGAGAUAAUCGAGAAGAUAAAACUGCUGGACAUCGAGACGCAGGCAGCUAUCGUCUCCCAUAUUCAGGAGGUCACCCACAACCAGGAGAAUGUGUUGGAUCUGCAGUGUCUGGAGACAGGCGAGUUGCCCCCUGAGGAGCUGGACACACUCUCCCGUACCAUGGCUUUCCACCUCCGUAAGCUCAUCGACGAACGGGAUGAAUUUGCUGAGGUGAUAGUGGAGCUGACCCAGGAGAGAGACUACCUUCAUUCCCAGCAACCCACCAGUACUGUGGGCUUCUCCAGCCUGGAACGGCAGGCCCUUGAGGGCCCUGUCUCCCUCUUAUCCAAAGAAGACAGGCAGCACCUGGCUGUGGAGCUGGCUGACACCAAGGCCAAACUGCGACGCUCUCGCCAAGAGCUAGAAGAGAAGACUGAGCAGCUGAUUGAUGCAAAAAACGAGAUUGAGCGGCUGGAUGCAGAGUUGCAGAAGCUGAGGCAGGAGAACAUGCAGCUUUUGGCUGAGGCGCGAUCGGUGCGUGCUUACAGGGAUGAGGUCGAUGCUCUGCGGGAGCGUGCCGGGAAAGUUGACCGGCUGGAAACGGAGCUUGCGCGCUGCAAAGAGAAACUACACGACGUCCACUUCUACAAGACCCGCGUUGAGGAGCUGAGAGAGGAUAAUCUGACUCUGUUAGAGACUAAGGCUAUGCUGGAAGAGCAGCUAACAUCAGCUAGGGGGCGCUGUGACAAACUGCAUGAACUGGAGAAGGAGAACCUCCAACUACGCUCCAAACUACAUGACAUGGAGAUGGACAGGGACAGUGAUAAAAAGCGUCUGGAGGAGUUGCUGGAGGAGAACAUGCUGCUGGAGAUAUCACAGAAACAGAGCAUGAAUGAAUCUGCCCACCUGGGCUGGGAGCUGGAGCAACUCUCUAAGAACAAUGACACCAAUGAGGCGCGCAAGUCGUUUGUGUUUGAGCUGAACGAGUCUGCGUCCAGUCGGCUGCUGAAGCUGGAGAAAGAGAACCAGAGUCUGCAGAAUACCAUCCAAGAGCUGAGGGAGGCGUCUCUGGGUCUGGAGGAGGGCCAGCUCCACACCCUGGAACUGGAGAGAGAAAACCAGGGCCUCAGUAAGAAGCUGGAGCGACUCCAGGCCCAACUGGACCAGGAGAAACAGACUACUCAGGACAUGGAGACUCUUGGAGAGGAGCUGCUAAAGGACAAACAGAGACUGGAGAAAACCCUGGAGACACUGCAAGCAGAAAAAGACAAACAAAUCUCAGAGCUGGAGCAGGAGAAGGAGCAUCUGAGCCAGGCAGUCAGUUCCUUGAGGAAACGUGCUCAGGCGGACAGCGAGGCGCGGGUUCGGGAGGUAGAGACAGAGAACCGCGCUCUGCACCAGACCAUCUCAGACACGGGCGGUCGGCUGGCACGGCUGGAGGCAGAGAAACGUCAGGCGACCAAGGAGCUGGAGGUCUUGAGGGAGCGCAGCGAGCGAUGCGAGGAGCUGGAACGGGACGUGGCACGUUUAGAACGAGCUCGUGAGCAGCUUCACAGGGAGCUGGCUUCCCUCAAGAUCACCUGCGACCGCGUGGAAUCGCUGGAACGUGAGAACGCCACCCUGGAACAGGAUAACCGAAGGUUAAAGAAACUGGCCGACACCGCUCAGAACACCGGUCUGCGCCUCUCCACCCUGGAGAAGGAUCGACGACAACUCGAUGAGGAGAACCUGGAGCUCAGGCGUUCGGUGGAGAGUUUGAGGCAGGCUGCCGCUCGUCUGGCACAGCUCCAGCAGGAGCACAGCGAACUCGAGCGAGAGCAUGAGGAGCAAGCCCAUACCCUGGAGGAGCUCCGCACUCAGGCCAAAAGGAGUGAGAGACUGGAGCUCAGCUGUAAUAGUCUGAGCCAGGAGAACCAACGGCUCCAGCAUGCCCUGGACAACAGCAGCAGUAAGAUCCAGGGCCUAGAGAAGGAGGUGCAUGAGGUAGAGGCCGAGGCUCAGGAGCUGCGGAAGGAGCUGGAAACCUUGCGGCUGGCCGGGAAGCGGUUGGAGGCUGUGGAGAAAGAGAAACAAGCGAUGGAGCUGGAGUUGAAUCAAGUGGAGAAGGAGAAGAAGCAGUUGGAGAAGGACGCGCGUAGGUUGUGGCAACAGGUGGAGGUGAAGGAAACGGCACUGGAGGAGAACGCUUUGAAGGUGGCCAGUAUGGAGAAAGAGAGCACGGCCGUGAACAAAGAGCUUACCCGUCUCAGAGAGUCUGCAGGAAAACUCAAGGAACUGGAGAGAGAAAAUAAAGAACUGCAGAAACAGGCCACCAUUGACAAAAGGACUUUGGCCACCCUCAGAGAGGACUUGGUGAAUGAGAAGCUGAAAGUACAGCAGCAGUGUAAUGAGUUGGAUAAACUGAGUCAUGAGCUGGAGAAGAUUGGCCUUAACCGAGAGAAACUACUGCAGGAGGAGCACAGCUGUGAGGACAAUAAGUACAAAAUCUUGGAGACAAAGAUUGAGUCAACGCUGAAGAAGACACUGGAACUCCGUGAGGAGAAGAUUCAGAGUUUGGAGUCUCGACUGGAGGAGUCCAGCAACUUAAAUCAGGAGCUUCGUACAGAACUCAGCACUGUGAAGAAGAGUCUGGAGGCCUUGAGGCAAAGACAGGAGGAAGAGGCUGCCCACUCUGAGAUAUCCCAGAAUGCUGAGAGGCAGGGCAAGGCAAGUCCAAGCCAGGAGAAGUGGGAGACCGAGCAGAGGGAAGCUACGGCCGAGCUACUCAAACUCAAAGACAGGCUGAUAGAUGUCGAGAAGAAUAAUGCUGCCCUGCAGACAGAAAAGCACCUGCUGAAGGAGCAGCUGAAGCAGCUGGACUCCCAGAAUGCCCAACUGAAUGCGCAGACGCUGGCAUUGCAGAGACAGGCUGCCAGCCUGCAGGAGCAGAACACUUCACUUCACACACAGACUGCUAAGCUACAGGUGGAAAACUCCACUCUUAGCUCUCAGAGUGCCUCUCUGAUGGCUCAGAACAGCACACUGCAGGGGCAGGUUCAGACUCUAGAGGCAGAGGUAGACUCUCUCCAGAGGCAGAAAGAGGAGAGUCGCUCGGCCCGCGACAGCGUCAUGCAGGACCAUGAGCGCUUGCUGGGCGUGCACGAGAGACAGGCGUCCGAGUACGAGCAGCUUAUCGCCCAACAUGCAGCCCUGAAGGGCAGUCAGAGGGCCCUGGAGCAGGAGCACCGAGUACUGGAGAACAAGUACAUGGCCCUGCUAAAACAGAAAGAUGCGAUGGAGGCUCUGGAGGCAUCUCUGCAAAAAGAGAGAGAGAGUUUGAGCCGUGAGAUUCAGAAGAACACACUCAUCUUGGCAGAGAACCACAGCCUAAGAGAGGAAAUGGACAGUCUGUCUCAGACACACGCACAGUUAAAGGAUGAGUUCAGUGGCUUGCAGCUGCAGACCAAAGAGCUGAAGACUGCACUGAACGGAGCUCAGCUGGAACUGAACCGCUGGCAGGCCCGUUACGACCAGCUCAAAGAACAGCACCAGGGCCUGGAUAUCUCCAUGACCAAACUGGACAACCACUGUGAGCUGCUGACACGUCUGAAGGGGAACUUGGAGGAAGAGAACCAUCAUCUUCUCAGUCAGAUUCAAAUGUUAAGCCAGCAGAACCAGACCCUGCUGGAGAGAACCAUGGAGAGUAAAGAGCUCUACCAUGAGGAACAGAAACAGUACAUAGACAAGCUGAAUGCUCUGAGGAGACAGAAAGAAAAACUGGAGGAAAAAAUCAUGGACCAGUACAAGUUUUAUGACCCAGCUCCCAAAAAGAGGAAUCAUUGGGUUGGAGCAAAAGCGCUGGCUAAAUUGAUCAAACCGAAGAAGGAGAGUUCCCGGGAACGCCUGCGGAGUGCUCCAGACAUCCCCUUACCCGAACCCCCACCUCUGGUACCGCCGGAGUGCCCAGACGCCGCACUGUCCCUGCCACCUCCUCCUCCACUACCUCCUAGGCAGUCACGCCUGAGCCUGGACUCUGUCGGCAACAACUCCCUAGAGGAGAACCACGUCCAGUCUCCAGCCAUUUCUCCCUCACACAGCAGCAGAGCCCACAAUGACAGCGGUAGUUUGCGAAGCAGAGAUGCUUACCGGUCAGCAGGGGGCAAUAAUGAGAGCAUGAAUGACAACGAGGAGUUCGCCAGCAGACGCAGAGGGGCAGAACUGGGAGCUUCUUGCUCCACCCCAAUAAACCACAGCUCCCCUGGCCUAACUUCCAACUCAAGCUCCCGGCCCUUACGCAGGCCCAAAGGGGUAAUCUCAGACGAUGACCUGCGCCUGCAGUCCCCAGAUGCUGUCUUUGGGAGUGGUGUCCAUGGCAACUCAGGCUACAGGCCCAGUUCUGCAGAUUUCAGCCGCAACACCUCCAGCAGCAAUUCUCCGGUCAACUCUAAAGGUUCCCUUGACCGCCUUCAGGGCCGCUCCGUCAGUUUGUCCAGUGACGACGUCGUUGGUCUCAGCCACGACGCAUCUCGACAGACCCAGUCAUCUCUGCUUCCCCGCAGCUCCACCCUGCCCUGUGACACACCCACCCAGCCCUCCACUCAUCGUCCCUCUCGCCACCGGCCAUCCUCCCCUGGAAGUGAGAUGGUCACUCUGGAGGAGUUCCUGCAGGAGAGUAACACCCUCUCACCCCCUACUGUGCAGACAGGCAGUCGGGAAGAUUUGAUGACAGACUACUUCAGCCGAGCCAGCCGCCCAACUCCGCUGAGGGACGGCGCCAAAACUCCUACCAGUUACGUCAGUCCCACCAUCAAAACCAACCUCACUGGUUCUGAGGGCAGAGCCCCUAAACCUGGACAGAGUGUCAAGCCUAGCGUCCGGCUUCCAGAAAGUUCCACACCCCCCUCUCAGUCUCAGACACACUCUAAUCGACAAGGCAGUGGGGUAGGGGUAAGACCGGGGCAUUCUGGGCCCCGUGGAGGGGUGAGUGGUGGCACCAAUCUGAGUCGCACCUUCAGCCUGGCCUCAGCUGACCUCCUGCGGUCCAAUGGACCAGACAGCUAUCGACCUGAGGUUUGCACUCCAAAUCAGGCUGAUAUAGUUGUGCGGAGGACAGGUGCAGUUUCUCGGGAGAGACCCCAGUCUGCCCGGCUGGCAGGUCCCUCUACUCUGCCCAUGGAUUCAGGUCACCUCUCUGUGGACCCACGCCGGCUGUCUGUGGCCCCUCCCAGAGAUGAGCUCCCCCUGACCAGCACUCCCCAGCUUCACUCCUCCUCUCUGUCCCUACAGGCAGAGUGGCACAGAGGUGGAGGAGAGCGAACCCCAGUCCGACCAUCUCCGCAACAACACCGGGGAGAAGUUGCCAUGGUGACACCAGUACGAGCCGUGUCAGCUCUGCGGAUGGAUGUGGAAGAGGAGCAACGCAGGGAGCUGAGGCAAGCUGACUCCCACCUCCUUAAAAAAACAGAGUCAGGCAUAAACUGUGGAAUAGAUGACCGCCCCACCAGUAUACCUGCCUCCCCCGACCCCAACAACGACCCCCAGACAGUGUGGUAUGAGUACGGCUGUGUCUGAAUUGGCCAAAAAUAACAGCCUCUUGGCUAACUUUCGUUUAUUUGUUUCCACGUGUGGGCUGCUCUUCAGCAUGACAAAAUCCUUUUGACUUAAGAUUUAAAUCAGCUCGGUAAAUGGAUGUGAAGAGCCUCUGCAUUCAGUCUUAACUUGAAGUGCGGAAAACCAUCUAUAUAAGGCUGAAUGGUCAUGGAGGUGGGUGUAGAAUUGUCAUGGACAUACUGAUUUAUAAAGGCAUUCUUUUAGAGACACAUACGGCACUAGAAUGUAUUCUUUUUUCUACCGGACACCAUUGGUUUCCGCAGCACUAUGUAGAUGAUGGGUCCAAACCCGAACCAAGUUCUAUUCUGAAUCUGCAAAGCAAACAUUUGGAAAGGCGAUAUGGACCGCUCCCUCGGUAAUUACAGAGUAAUUAUACAAAUCCAUCUCUUGGGGCCCCAGGGGACAGUGCAAGUCCAUCACACAGGCAGACUCAGUGGGAUCCAUUACUGGAAAUGGUUCUGCGUUCUGCUCUGAAAAAUCCUCUGUUCUGCUCGCUAAACUACCAAGGGUUUGGCAAUGGAAUAAGAGUUGAGUCAGUGCCAGAGUUUAAGGACACUGACAGAGAAAAAGAAGACCAAGAGACACCUGUGGUGCAGUGCAUAGAUGAAGGAGUAAGUUUGAAAGGAAUAGGAUGGAUGAUGGUGGAUUAGGUGAAGGAAAGGGGAAGCUGAUUUUUCACGCAUCUUAUGAAAAAAUAACGAAAGAUGUUUGAUAUUGGGGUACAGUACUAACUGAUGUAGGAGACCUACCGAUUCAUCUUUGGUCUUAACCUAGCCAGCACUGCCCAGUGCUGUGCAUCAGGGUCUAUAGUUCCAAUAAAUACAUCCAAAUGCCUUUUUAGAGCACUAUGUCACUAGUGAGAUAUAUGAGUCUAAACACUGGAUACACUUUUACCACAGAACACUGGUGAUGGGCAAAAUUGACAAGCAGUUCUUCACAGAUUUUCAAGUUCUGGGUUUGAUUUUAGAGGCUUUUUUAAACACUGCAAAACUGUUCCAGCUCUGGAUUAAGUUCUGCUUUAUUUAUUACUGUCUCUUAUAAUGAUGUGACACUUCGUGUGUGUGUGUGUCUGUGUGUGUGUGUGUGUGUGUGUUUGUCUCCUAAAACGGAUUUACUGUACAGCUGAUGUUGUGUACCUGUAGGUAAGUUAUGGACACUGGAAGACCAGAGCACUCUCAAAGCAAGUGGAAUUGAAUAUUAUCUCGACAAACUGGUCACAGAUAGUCUGGAAACCAUAUCCUCUCUGAGUACAUCGGUCAAACCACAUCAGCACUGAAACUCAGUCUAGACUGUGCUCAUGACUGGUCUCUCUGUAACACUCAGACGUGAUAAUCCAACAAGAUGAGAAAUCAGAUCGUCAAAUAUCUCUCUAGCAGGUCUUUUGACCUCCUGGAUUUCUCAGAUGAGGUAAAGAUGGGGGAAUUAUGGUCUUGGAUGUGUUUUUUGUGUCCUGGUUUGUAUAAAAACGGCCACAAAUGGUGAUGAUACGAAUGAGGAUCCAGCAGAGAGGGGUUAAGGGCUCUGCACUGCGUGACGGCUGGGUUAAGGCUCUCUGAGGCUGUGCGCACCCACCGUUUGACUCUUGGGCACAAGAGAUCUCAUCAGUCAAAACCAUUUUAAAACACUACCACUCAAGGACAAUGGUGGCUGCUUGUGAGAUGUAGUAUAUUGGAGUAGCUGUCCUUCAUACCUCUCUUCAAAAUGGUGUGAUCAUGUUACAGUUUUUGUUGUUGUUGUUGUGAAAGAUGAAAGCAAUUAUUUCUGUUGGUGUAUGUAGAAGAAACUGUUGACCAAAACCUGAACUCUUUGUAAUAAAGAUUUUCUAAAUGAAA